AAUUCUUAUUUUGAAAGCUUGUCUGAAUUUGAGAAAAGUCUUAUUAUUUAGGAAAAUACGGAACUUCUUGAAGAGUUUAAAGCCUUUUUUAAUAUAAAAAUUUGUUUUUUUAAUGGAUUUUUGAAAGCAAUAAAUUCCUCUUUUUAUAUUGAAGAAAGCAAACUUUAAAAUAUUAAAAAUAAUUAGAAUGUUCCGCUUUUUGCUUAUAUUUAAUAUUCUAAAAUUAGUAUUUUUAGGCUAAAUAUUUCUAAUAAUAAGUUUGGAAGUUAGGGUAUAUUGUAAAGUUCUUUUAAUAAAAUAACAAUAUAAAAUUCUUUGUUAGAAAAUAUGGAUUAGUUUUUGCAAGAAAGUUAAAGGGUAUUAUAAUAAAAUGUUAAUUUGGGCAAUUUAUUAUAAUUGUAAAUUUUUCCUUUUUUAUUUGAUGAUUCAGUUAUCUAUUUUAAUUAAGUUAAUAUAAAUAAUAUUUCUUGUAAUAAUUAGUGUACUGCCGGCAUUUUAAAUUUCAGAAAUUCAUUUUUUAAUAUACUUGAAAGCAAUUUUUCUUCAUUAAAAUCUUCAUAAGGAAGUGCUUUAAAUAUUAAAAACUACAAAGAAAAGUCCUCAAAUUUAAUUUAUAAUUCCAAAUUUAUUAAUAAUGAGUCAUUUUUAAAUGGUGGAAGUAUAUAUAUUCUCAAUUAAAGCCCUAAAUCUUAUAAAAUGUAAAUCUAAUAAUGUUAAAUAAGUAAAAAUAAAGCUUAAGCUGGAGGAGGUUUAUACAUAGGAACAGAUGCUGAAAAUUUCAAUCAAAAUCAACUAUUUAUAAUUGAAGAUACAAUAAUAAGUGAAAAUAUAGCUUAAAAAGGAGGUGGAAUAUUAUAUUAUAAUACCAUAAUAAACAUGAUAAAUACUUAAUUUGCAAAAAAUAAGUCUAUUAUUGGUUAGGAUUAAUUAUUAUUACCAAGUAUUUUAGUACUGGAAAACCUAAAAGAAAUAAAAUAAUAAUAAUUUUAAUUUGAACAAAUUAAUUAAAGUAAUACAUUUAUCUUAAAAAAUAUAAGAAGUGGAGAUAAAAUUCCAAUAUUUAUUUUCAGUUUAUAUGACUCUUUGGGUCAAAAGUACUUUUUGGAAACUUCGGAAGAACAAAAAAAUGAAAAAUUGGAAAUUUAAAUAAGUCCGAAAACCCAAAACAUUCAGAAAUAUUAUAUUAGAGGACCUACAUUAGCCUCAUACGAUGUAAAAACAGCAACUUUUUAAUUUUUAGAUAUGGAAUUAAUUGGAGAACCAGGAAAAAAAUGUAUAUUGUAAAUAAAAUCACUAUCAAAUCUUAUAAAAAUAACUGAUGUUUAAAAAAAUACAAUAUAAGAUUAUUCCUUUGAAAUAUAAGUGGAAAUUAAUCCUUGCAAAAUGGGUGAAUAUCCUAAAAUAUAUAAUUAAUUUACUGAAUGUAUAACUUGCCUUCAAGGGACUUUUUCCUACGACUUAAAAGAUUGCUAUUUGUGUCCUAAAGAAGCAAUUUGUGGAAAUUAAUAAAUUAUUAAAGUCCUACCAGGAUAUUGGAGGAAAGGAUUUACGAGCCAAAAUAUUUAUAGUUGUGAAGGACAAAAAGAAAAUUGUAUAGGAGGACUUUACGGAGAUUCUAAAGAAGAUAAUUUAUGUUAUGAAGGUCAUUUAGGACCUUUUUGUAUUGAAUGUGAUAUUUAAGGAAAUAUUUGGGGAGAAAGUUAUUCAAAAGAAGGAAAAUAUUCAUGCUCUAAAUGCUCUGAAAUGAAAUAUAAUUAUAUUAUUAUUAUUAUUUUGACAAUAUGGACUUUUAUUUCAAUGGUUGCGGCUGUAUUAAGUGAAUUUAAAGAUAUUUAGAAAUAAUAAAUUUUUAGAACUAUCAAAGUUUUAGAUGAUAAAAGAUUAUAUUUAAGAAAUAAUAUUAAUAAUAUGACUUCGGUUUAUGUCAAAAUAUUCACUAAUUAUUUUCAAAUAGUUUCAUGUAUUUCUAAAUUUGAUAUUGGUGUAUAAGCAGAUUUUCUACUUUAUUUAUCUUCAAUUGGAUAACCUAUAUAAUAAACAAUGAAUUCAUUCGAUUGUGCAAUAAAAGAUAUUCCAACAGAAAUACCUCUAAUCUAUUUAAGACUAAUAUUUUCAUUAAUUAUGCCUAUAUUUUAUGUUAUAUGUUUCAUAAUUUUCCUUUUUGUAAAAAAACAAUUUUAAAGUAAAGUAACAUUCCUUGGAAAAUAGUUUUAUCUUCAAUGA